AUGAAUACUUCAAACGAAUUGCCAUCAACCAAUCAUCCUACCACAUCUGCUGAGCCAAACGUCGACUUUAAAAAAAUAUCUUCACCCAUUAAAAAAAAUGAAAAAGGACGGUUUGUUGGAAAACGGCAAAAAUUGAUGAUUGUCAAUCUGUACAAGCCGAAAAAGCAACAACAGCCGGGCAUGAAAUACAAAGAACUGAUGGCGUCUAUUUCAGCUGAUUCUGGGAUUGGAAUGCGUAAAGUUAUUCAGACAAUAAGUGAGUACAAAAACACGGGUGAAUGCAAGUCACCAAAUAAAACCAAAAUCCGUCCUACAAUUAUUGAUAAAAUUGACGAUUUCAACAAAAAUGCGAUUCGACAAAAAAUUCACGGGUUUUGGUUCAGAAAUGAAAUUCCCUCAAUCAAAAAAAUUGUUCAAGCCAUAAAUGACGAUCCAGAUCUUCCGAAUUUGCCUUCUACUUCUUUGCGUCGAGUAUUAAAAGAAUUAAAUUUUUAA